AUGACUAUCCUCCCGGUAAUCGCUGGUACCAUUGCGAACGGUACCAUCCCUGUGGCAAACAUCCUGACGAACACGUCAGAGGUCGGAGCAGCCGUCUGCGACUUCGUCACGGCAAACAUCACGUUAGGAAACGUGACAACAUCCGUGACCAUCUACAACCCUGCACACUGUGGAGUGUACGGCUACUACCCGUCUCUACAGCCACUCCUGAGCCUGGUACUCGUGUUCAUGACGGUUUGGGCCCUGUUCGGCAAUGGCUGCUUGUUGUACCUCAUCUGUACUGAGAGGCAAAUGAAGGAACCAGGGAAUAUCUUCCUGUGUGCCCUGGCGCUCACGGACAUCGCCCAGAUACUGCUGUACGCACCCACAGCCGUUUACAACUUGGUGCACGAAGAAAUCCCCGGUGAGGGUUGGUGCAGGGUCCAGGCCUUCCUCACUUCGUCCCUAGCCACGUUCUCAGUCUAUCUAAAGGCGAGUCUGUGGGUCUGCAGAUUCAUACACAUCGCCUUCCCUCUCGACUAUUCUUCACUGAUGUCCAAACGCCGCCUCGCUGUCACAAUGACCAUCUGCUUCCUAAUUGCCAUGACGCCACCACUGGUUGGCAUCGCUCGUGUUGGGACGCUAGAGUCAUGGACUGUGGAUGUCUCCUCCGUCGACAUAGCACAGCCUCUGAGCCUGAUGCUUCCCUGUACCGUAGGCGGCCAUUAUGUAAUUGUCUUUGUUACGCUGUCGAUGAUUGCUGUGCUCAUCAGUUGUGUUACUGCUGGUCUCAUCUUCAGAGUGGCAUGGAAUAAUGAGAAAACACACACCAAACUGACGGGGAUCGCCAAUCAUCAGUUCAACCAGAAGCUUCAAGCAGCCAAGACGCUGGCGAUCAUAACAGGAGUGCAGCUGGCUACGUGGUGUCCGGUGAUCAUUGCUGGCCUCCUUUGGAACGCCGAAGUCAUUACAGUUGACAAACAACUAAUCCUUGUGGAUAUCUCUUUCGUCAUCAUGAUGACAAGCACCUUUACGGAUUCAAUAGUGUACGCGAAACGUAAAAACAUCUACCGCCGAACAGUGGAAAAAAUACACAGCAAGAUUAGCAAGUAUUUCGAGCGGAAAAAAGAACUUGAGAGUAUCCCUAUGCGUACGUUACGUAGAACUGAAGACAUCUAA